CCAUCCUGCGGGGCGCAUCGCUGAGUGCUCAGUCAGCGCUCCUCCCGGUGAUUCCGUUGCACGCCGGUCCUCCUCACAUACUCACACACACUCGUGAGUGAGCGUCGUGUCAGUGCGCCGCUCCAACCUGCAGAUUUCACCUGAACCAUUAGAGCGAGGGAACAGAACCGCCAAACAAUGCACUGCAAUUGCAUUAUGCGCUGCCGCAAGUUAUUACUACUUUUGAGGAGGUAACGGGGGAGGUGUCAGCUUGCAUGCCAUCGCCAUGGAUUGCCUUUUUCUUCUGAUAUGGACUUUACCCAUCCCGCUGGUCGGCUGCAGCUCAGUCAAGCUGCUCUCUACCUUGUUGUCCUGGAAUAUCAUCAAGACACUGCACAUUUACUGCUCACAUGCCUCGUACACCAUUUCGGCCAGCUACUCUUCUAGCAGCAGCCACGGAUUAAAUCAUGACUAUGUGUUUGUAACCCCGGUGGAAGUGGACUCUGAGGGAACAUACCUGACCCAUAAUGUGACCAGGCAGAGGCACCGCAGCAGGAGGUCUCUGUCUCCUUCCCUGCACUACCGGCUCUUUGCCUUUGGGCAGGACAUGCACCUGGACCUGCGUCCGUCCUCUGUAGUCGUCCCAGGCUUCACUGUGCAGACCAUCAGUUCAGAGGGCAUUGCCAUGGUGAUGGAUGAUGCAGGGUUUCACAACUGCCUGUAUCAGGGAUUUAUCCGUAACCAGUCGUCCUCCUCAGCAGCCAUAUCGACUUGCUCCGGACUGUCAGGUUUGAUCCGUGUGUCUCAGGAGGAGUAUCUGAUAGCCCCACUACCACAACAUCUGGCCAAACAGCACAAUUACAGCGUCCCCGAUGGUCACCACCCACAUGUAGUCUACAAACGCUCUGCAGAAUACGUAGUCCACACAGUAUUCAGCAGCUCAUCUGGUUCCAGUUCUUCCAGACCUGACAACCCUUACCUUCACCAUUAUCAUCAUCACCAGCAGCAGCAGCAUCAUGACUACCAGCAUGGAAAACUGCAGAGGCAACAUUUCUGCGGACGCCGCAAGCAAUAUGCUCCCAAGCCUCCCACAGAGGAGUGUUUCAUCAUGCCUGAUGAGUUUGCGACACCUAAGUUGGAAAGAGAGGGAAGGAUAAAAAGAUCACCCAUAAACUCCAACAGGGUGGGGGGUCUGAAUGUGGAGACCUUGGUGGUGGCUGACAGGAAGAUGCUGGAGAAGCAUGGCAGGGACAACAUUACCACCUACGUGCUCACCGUCAUGAAUAUGGUUUCCAGUCUUUUCAAAGAUGGCACCAUUGGGACAGAUAUCAAUAUUGUGGUGGUUAGCUUGUUGCUGUUGGAACAAGAUCCGCUUGGCUUGACCAUAAAUCACCAUGCUGACCAGUCCCUCAACAGCUUCUGCCAGUGGCAGUCAGGUCUAGUGGGGAAAGGAGGUAAAAGGCAUGACCAUGCUGUUCUCCUCACUGGGCUAGACAUAUGUUCCUGGAAGAAUGAGCCCUGUGACACUCUGGGUUUUGCCCCCAUAAGUGGCAUGUGCAGUAAGUACAGGAGUUGUACUAUCAACGAAGAUACAGGACUGGGUUUGGCUUUCACCAUUGCUCAUGAGUCUGGACACAAUUUUGGGAUGAUCCAUGAUGGGGAGGGGAACCCUUGUCGCAAGACAGAGGGAAACAUUAUGUCCCCUACUCUGGCUGGUAACAAUGGGGUCUUUUCCUGGUCCACUUGCAGUCGGCAGUACCUCAGCCGCUUCCUUGGAACAGCCCAAGCCUCCUGUCUCGUGGACGAGCCCAAGCAGAUCGGUCAAUACAAGUAUCCUGAACAGCUUCCUGGGCAGUUGUACGACGCAGACAUACAGUGCAAGUGGCAGUUUGGCUCCAAGGCCAAACUGUGUAGCCUUGAUUUUGUCAAGGACAUCUGCAAAUCGCUGUGGUGUCACCGCACAGGGCACCGGUGUGAGACCAAGUUCAUGCCUGCUGCAGAAGGCACCAAUUGUGGUCCGGACAUGUGGUGUCGAAGGGGUCAGUGUGUUAAAUAUGGAGAGUACGGGCCGAGAGCAGUUCAUGGCCAGUGGUCAGCUUGGUCCCAGUGGUCCGAUUGCUCCAGAACCUGUGGAGGAGGGGUCAUGUACAGGGAACGCUCUUGCACCAGCCCAAGACCACAGAACAAUGGUAAAUUUUGCUCUGGCUCCAGCCGUCUCAACCAGUUGUGCAACGCUCAGCCGUGUUCUCCUGAUGCUGUGGACUUCCGGGCCCAACAGUGCGCUGAGUACAACAGCAAGCCCUUCAGGGGCUGGUACUAUAAGUGGAAGCCCUACACCAAAGUGGAUGAUGAAGACAUCUGUAAGCUGUACUGCAUUGCAGAAGACUUUGAUUUCUUCUUCGCCAUGUCCAGUAAAGUCAAAGACGGCACCUCCUGCUCUGACCACAAUGGAGAUGUCUGCAUUGAUGGAGUGUGUGAGGCAGUGGGAUGUGAUCAGAUUCUGAGCUCUAAGGCCUCUCUGGAUGCCUGUGGAAUCUGUAGGGGAGACAACUCCACCUGUAAGUUCUUUAAGGGCCAGUAUACCCUCCAACAUCGGGCUAAUGAGUAUUACUCCAUGGUAACAGUCCCAGCUGGGGCUCGAAGCAUUCGUGUCCAGGAAAUGGAGGUCUCCACCAGCUACCUGGCGGUCCGAUCCCUGAAGAGGAAGUACUACCUGACCGGAGACUGGACCGUGGAUUGGCCAGGGAAGUUCCACUUUGGUGGGACCGUGUUUGACUAUCAGCGUUCUUUCAACAAGCUGGAGAGCCUGUAUGCCGCUGGACCUACUAAUGAGACGCUGGUGUUUGAAAUCCUUCUGCAGGGAAAGAACCCAGGUGUGGUGUGGGAGUACACUAUGCCUCGCACAGAGAGGAAACCUGACUACAGCUGGGGAGUGGUGCGCUCGGACUGCUCUGCCCCCUGUGCUGGAGGUCGUAUUUCGACCAAGGCUAUCUGUCUGCAGGACCAGAAGGUUCAGGUCAACUCCAGCAUAUGUAAUCCCCUCACCAGGCCGAAGCUGGGCUCCCAUCUGUGCAACACACAGCCGUGCCCUGCAUAUUGGGCGACAGGAGACUGGGGGUCCUGCAGUCGCUCUUGUGGAGGAGGUCAGCAGACCAGAAUACUGCGCUGCCUGAGGAAGGUGACCUACCAGAGAGAAGAGGAGGUGGCAGAUUCCCUCUGUCCCGUCAUCUCUCCAGCCCAAGUACAACCGUGCCACACCCAAGCCUGCCCCCCCGACUGGAGCACUGGAUCCUGGUCACAGUGCUCUAAGUCCUGUGGUCGUGGACUGAGGAAGCGAAGUGUGUUCUGCCGCAGCACUGAUCCAGGGGCCAAAGCUGUAGUGGUGCCUGACAGCAUGUGCAGACAGCACUACAGACCCAAAGCCCAGGAGACCUGCAUCCAGCGGCGAUGCCCUAGGAAUGAGAGGGUGCAAUGGAUCCCCACUCUCUGGGGAGAGUGUUCCAAAUCUUGUGGCUCUGGCAUCCAGAAGAGAGAGCUUCGCUGUGGGGAGAAAGACUCACAGGGAGGGUAUGUGGAGUUCUCCAUACGGAGGUGCAGGAAUAUAGCCAAACCUUUAGUGGAUCUUCAGCAGGGCUGCAAUCGAGGUCUGUGUCCAGAGCUCCCUCGGGUGGUCCCUGGCAGAGCCACCUCCAGCGCUGUGGUCUUAGGCUGGUACACGUCUCCUUGGCAGCAGUGCUCUGUGUCCUGUGGUGGAGGGGUCCAGACUCGAUCCAUCCAGUGUCUCAAACAAGGUCGCCCUGCAGCUGGCUGCCUGCCCCACCAGAGGCCUGUCACUUCUAGAGCAUGUAACACACACUUUUGCCCUGCUGCUCCCCCUCCUCCGGGACAACGCCCCGGCAGCCAGGUCACAGCUGCUGGACCAUCAUUGAAAGCUGAACACUGUGUGGACCACUUCAGCUGGUGCCACUUGGUUCCCCAACAUGGUGUUUGUAACCACAAGUUCUAUGGACAGCAGUGCUGCAAGUCCUGCUCCAGUAAAAAGUCAGAGAUUUGACACUUCUGAGUCUGUGGCAUCCAGCCUCGAAGAGAAGUACCACCCACAGAGGCCGCUUGUGGUCGACUACCUACUACAAACAGACCUGCACUCAUCAGUGUGUGUUUUCUUCCCAGAGUACUUGACUAAAGGCAUUUUGUAAAGAAAUAAAAGAGAGAACACAUAGGCUCUCCAAAAGAAGGCACCAUGGCUGCUGAUGCUCUUCUGCCAAAGUGGUUUCAUCAGGUCACUGAUCACAUUGGACCUGGAAAGACAGUGAAAAUCACAUUUGAAGACCUGUUGAUGUAAUAUACAUGUUGUCAUUUUGUUGAGUAUUUUCCCUUUGAAACCUCUGAUACUAGAAAGCAAUCAGGACAACAGGAAAGGACAAUAGUGUUUUUAGCUUGCUUACAUGUUGUAUAUUUAAAGGCGUCUAGUUUCAUAUGCCUUUAUUUAAGUUAUUAUGGGUCAUAAUAUAUGAUUUUACAUUUUGUCAGGUGUACAGUGGAUCUGUGACAUGUUAUUUCUGUGUUUGGAUGUACCACAGGUGUGUGCCAGUCACCCUUAGAUCCAUGUUAUGAGAUUUUAUUUGAGGUGUUAGUAAUCAGUGAUCUGCACCUGUCCUUCACAUGUUAUCUGCUUGUUCAUGUUUACUACUGCUGGAUACACCAGAACACAUUUUUCGUGUGCAUUCUAUUCUUGGUAAUGCUAUGAAAACAUUUGAUAUGAAACAUUUUUUCAGUUCCGUUGUACGUGGUCAUUUUUAUCUUUCCUGUAUUGCUAUGGUAAAUAACUUAAACAUC